AUGGUGCUUCAAACGUUUUCAUUCUUUGUGGGCAUCCUCAUGCUUCUGCCCCUGGCUUCAAAGUGCGAUGCACUUCUACUCCUGGAGUCGGCGGGGCGUUCAAUGCACUUUACGAGUCCGGCGACAGGAGUGACGCAUGACGUGCUGGUUCACAGUGAGGUCAGUGCGAUUCUUGACUGGCACGUGAUACGCGGCGUUCCGGACCUGCAACUGCGUGUUGCUCUUCUGCUACGGUCGAAUAAUGCAGCAAGCUCAGAAACCACCGGACCUUCGCUUGUCGCUAUUGACGACAUUCUUGUACGGUGCCUUCACGCACCAGAAUCAGUGAAUAAUGUGGAUGGUGCUGUGACCGUGACUUUUUUUACUCGCCAUACUGCGAUUCAGGUCUUGUACCCGUGCAGGUACGAUGAUGCCUCCACUUCACUUUACAUGCUGGUGGCUGACUGGCGCGACGGGAAUUUAAGUGUGUCAUCGAACGAGGCGGUUUUUUCUCUUGGUAUGGCGAGGCGUUGGCUGCUGUCUCACGAUGGUGGGGGCGCCGAUGCCCAGUUGCUCUAUAUACAAAGCCUGGAUGGUGCCACAAGCGCCAUCCUGCUUGAAUGGGGGUACUCAAUAGGCGUGUAUAUCCCCGGCAUCUCACGACUGCGAUUCCUGCAGAAAUCUAAUAUGCGGGACACAGAGCUGGUCGCAUCGUGUUUUCUAUUUAGUGUUGGCGUGAGUGGCCUCGUGCGACAUUCACGGUUGGAGGACACGUUUUAUUUUGAGCUUUACCGUAUUUUUCCCUCGAGGCAAUCGACAGAACUGCUUCUUGAAACAUCUACAACAAUCACGGAUCUUGACUCCAAUGAAAGGCGUUACUGCAGCUUAUCCUCGCGAGUUGCUUUCACAGACUGCAGCCUUAUUCUCAUAACUGCGCCGGUGCUGCAGGUUGAGAUUGCGCUGACGGCGACGCUGGAGUCUCCUACUGCCAGUGCUUCACAGGACAUGGGUGGCUGGCUGAAGUGCGGUACGACCCUGCUUAAAAGCAGAGCUGUCAUGGCGGAUGGGGGUUUGCAGCUGCUUGUGUCACCUCUUCGGCGCGCCCAAUUCACACCGGCGACACAGAUGGAGGCUGGGAAUGAGGAGGAAGGGCCCACACGAGGGAGGAUGGGCCGUUGCGCCUUUUAUCACAGUAACGGCACACUGGAUUGUGGCGGUGUUGAAGGACAUGUUUGCCCCCGCCUGUGUGGAGUCUCUCGCCACUGUCUUACAUUACAGGCGUGGUGGCAGCCACCCACAGGUGUGGAUCGUUAUUUUUGUGACUGGAUGGGUGUGGGUUUGGCUGAGGUGUGUACGUUUUUGUUUGCUCUCUUCACGGCAACGCUCGCAGUUCAAGUUGCAAUGAGACUGUUGCGUCUGCGGCGUUUUGGGGCGUCUUUGUUUUGA